UUUGAACAUCCACUCUAUAGAUACACACAACUACAGGCAUGUUGCUGGAAUCGAGAUGGAACUUGAUUUUUGGAUGUGUUUUGUUUUGUGUUUUUUUCCAAAAAAUUCAUUGUGCGACGGGGCAACCAAACGUUGUUUUCAUCGUUGCUGAUGAUUUGGGUUGGAAUGAUGUGGGUUUCCACGGAAGCAACCAGAUUCCAACACCUAACAUUGACGCUCUUGCAUAUAAUGGUAUAAUUCUCAAUAGUCACUACAGCCAAUCAUUUGGUACUCCCUCUAGAGCAGCUUUAUUAACAGGAAAAUAUCCAAUGAAAUUAGGACUGCAAGGACCUUCAAUAACACCAGCUGAAGGACGAUCCUUACCCGAAGGAAAAAUUAUGUCUGAAUAUUUCAAGGACAUGGGAUAUGCCACCUAUCUUAUUGGCAAAUGGCAUUUGGGACACUCCCGUUGGAAUGACACUCCAACAUUCAGAGGAUUCGACCAUUUCUUCGGAUUCUACAACGGUUUCACCAGUUAUUACGAUUAUGUCUCCAACUGGAAGAUUAAUGAUAAAGAGUAUAGCGGAUUUGACUUGAGAAGAGACACAACACCAUCAUGGAAUGAUGCUGGAAAAUACGCAACGGAUUUAUUUGCUGAACACGCCGUUGACGUGAUCCAAAAACACAAUGUCAAUUCUCCUCUUUUUAUGAUGAUUGCUCAUCUAGCCGUACACGUAGGAAAUGAAGGAAAAUGGUUGGAAGCUCCUCAAGAAACAAUUAAUAAAUUUAAACAUAUCCCAGAUCCCAAUCGAAGAACCUACGCAGCAAUGGUUUCCAAACUUGAUGACAGCAUCGGUGCCAUAUUCGAAGCUUUAGAUGCGAAAAACAUGUUGCAAAACACAAUAAUUGUUUUUAUUUCUGACAACGGAGCGCCGACUGUAGGACCAUACCACAACUGGGGGUCAAAUUAUCCCUUACGAGGCAUCAAAGACACUCUGUUUGAGGGUGGAGUUCGUACAGUUGCAUGCAUAUGGAGUCCUUUAUUGGUCCAAUCGUCACGCGUUUCAACUGACCUUAUCCACAUAACCGACUGGUUACCGACUCUUUUUACUGCAGUAGGCGGUGAUCUAAGUGUUUUAGACCCAGACCUUGACGGAAUAGACCAGUGGUCUAGUCUAGUUUACGACUUACCAUCUGCCAGAAACGACAUUCCACUAAACAUUGAUGAAAAAACCAGAAAUGCCGCUUUGCGAUUCUCUUACUGGAAAUUGAUUGUUGGUACCAGUGGGAACGGGAGUUACAAUGGUUAUUUCGGGGCGCCACUCAAUGAAAAUAUCGACGAACAAGAAUACAACACUUCAGCGAUUAACGACAGUCCUGUGGGCCGCAUUGCAAAAAAAAUCAAUUACAAUCCACUUUCAGAAAACGACUUUGAUGGUUUAAGGCGAGUUGCUACUCUUAAAUGUCUUGAUGCGAAAGCAAAACGAAACCCAUGUGAUCCUGCAAGUGGAGCAGUCUGUUUGUAUAAUAUACCGAAUGACCCGUGCGAAGAAAAUGAUUUAGCCAAGUUUUUCCCGAGUGUUGUGAGGAGAAUUAAACGCACUUUGGUGGACUACAGGCAAGGAUUAGUUCCACAAAUUGAGACGAUGAUUGAUAUUGAAAAUGCUGAUCCUAAACUGUUUCAAUUUGUUUGGAAUCCCUGGUGCGAUUGCUCUGAUGCUGCUUGUUCUAGUUGAUAAUAAAUUUCAUGAAUAAAUCAUUUAACAAAAAUCAA